UCUCGACUUUGAUACAUUCUCUAGCUUUCUCAUAUUGCUGCUGCACUUUGCGGUGACAAUACCGACCCAUCACGCGCCUGCAAUCGGCUUCCACACGACACUAUGCCGGCCAAGGCAGCCCGCUGUUCUAUCUACCGCGACGGCCACAGCUGAUGCCUUUUUUUCAUGCCGGAAUAUAUGCUUCCAAACCACCGCCAACAACAUACAUGUACAGGCAUGUUCAUCGCCUCCACGAUACCAAUCGUUGCCAGCCGUGGUAUCUGUUCGCGACCGGGCCACAUCAGCUGCGAAGGGGCAUUAAUGUUUGCGUGGUUAGUUCUUUGUUGCGUGCCUUAG